UAAUGUGUGCUGAAUAGAAGACAACGGAAAUGUGUACGACAAAGAAACGACUGUCAUCGCAGCGUAUUGAAAUAGUGGGUGCUAACGAAUUUGAUUCACAUGGAGUUUAGUCUCUGGCUGGAGCGUCACAGCUGCCCGGGUCUUCUUAAACUUUUGGGUUGUAUCAGAGCCGUACAGAGAAAUGGCUAACAACGUGACGUCAGAACUUUUCCAGCCCAACGCCACUGUACAAAGCACAGGGACAACCUUGGCCUUUGACCAGGUCAGCACGGGAGAGACAGAGAAAGCGCGGGAAGCGAGAACAUGGGACGACGCCACCUGGAUCCUUACCAGUGCCUUCAUUAUCUUCACCAUGCAGUCAGGUUUCGGCUUGCUGGAAAGCGGCUGUGUUAGCCCCAAAAACGAGGUAAACAUUAUGGCCAAAAAUGUUGCUGACGUCAUCUUCGGAGGCAUUUCCUAUUGGAUGUUGGGCUACGGCUUGAGCUUCGGAGAUGGCAGAGGCUCGAAUGGUUUUUGUGGAGUAGGCAAGUUCUUUAUCGACCCUGAGGAUGAGGCGAUGGGCGAAGAGUUCUCACGCUUUGUGUUCCAGAGCUCCUUUGCUACUACAGCCACCACGAUCGUGUCAGGUGCCAUAGCUGAGCGGACAAGGUACAUCGCCUACAUCAUCUUCUCCUUCUUCAACACGUUUGUCUUCUGCUUCCCUGCCCACUGGGUCUGGUCCAAGCACGGCUGGCUCAACAAACUGGGCGUGGUCGACGUGGCGGGGGACGGGCCAGUCCACAUUGUGGGCGGAGCUACGUCUCUGGUCGCCACCUUGAUGAUCCGCCCACGCGCCAAGCGCUUCACCCCCCAGGACGACCACGAGAUGGGCUCGCCCACUGGAGCGCUACUAGGAUUAUUUAUACUCUGGUGGGGUUGGCUCGCUUUUAACUGUGGCAGCACAUACGGUAUUUCUAACGGCAAAUGGAAAAUGGCAGCAAGGGCUGCAGCUACCACACUCAUGUCAGCGUCUGCAGGGGGCUGUGUGUCCUUUAUCGCAAGCUAUGUUGUGAACAAAGGGAAAUUCCAUGUGCAAUACAUUAUCAACGGUGUCUUGGGUGGACUUGUCUCUAUUACAGCGACCUGUGCGGUGACUGGUAUGUGGGAGUCCAUUGUGAUCGGCGCGAUCGGCGCCUUGCUGUGUCUGAGCAGCGACAGCCUGCUGGCCAAGCUUCGGAUAGAUGACCCGGUCAGCGCUGUGAGCGUCCACUGGGUGUCUGGCUUCUGGGGCCUCCUGGCCGCGGGGCUCUUCACUCACAAGGACACGGUGGCUCAAUUUUUUGCCAACAGACACGGCCUCGUCAAGGGAGGUAACUUCUACCUUCUGGGGGUCCAGACGUUGGCAGCAGUGGCCAUCACAGCCUGGUCUGCUACCACCUCCGCCCUCAUCCUCAAAGUGAUUGACUUGACCGUGGGCCUAAGACUGUCAAAGGAAGAGGAGGAACUGGGAGCCGAUCUCAUAGAGCACAACAUCGGGCGAGUUCUAGUGGUUGAGAGUCUAAGUAAAAGAUCAAACGACGAAAAUGGAAACCAACCACAGUUCGCAAACUGCUCCCACACAAACUGCAUCCCUCAGAGGAUGGAUCACGACCUUGAGACAAGUACUUGCACAUCCCAGACAGACACUGGACGAGCCAGUGUAAUCAACUCCCUCUCGCUGGACAACGGACUCGUCCUGCGGAUCGACUCCAGAUCGACAGUUCCAAACGAUGUGAUGCUUUCAGACAGCGUUACCAAUGGGUCUACCUCUAAAGACCGUCGCAGUUCUAUAGGAAGAGCAUUCUCUUUGUUUGGAAAAAAGAGGCGUGGGAGUAAGCAAAAUACACACCGAAUGAAUACUCGGAAUAAACAGUCGAAACGACAUUCUGAUGUAACGACAGCUAGCGAGACGUGCCCAGACGUGAGGAUGUUUAAGAUGGCAAGGAAAAGUUCAUUGACCAAUUAUUCGUCUAGUGUGAAUAUGUUGAGUUUUACCAGCAGAGAGGAUCUAGAUGAAAUGGUAACAGAGCCCUAAUGGGUUAACGUUUUGGUUACGUGCGAUGAAUAUGACUUAGAGAUAUUCCCUAGAAGCAAUGUACAUGACCUUUAACAAGACAUUUACAGGUGUCGGGGACAACGUGAUAUGGACAGUGCAACAACUUCUCAGCUUAAUAACACAAGGUCAAUCCUGUAAACGGUGUGAUUAAUCAAACCCAAGACUCUCAAAAAACAUCUUUUUCCUCUUGAGGGGAUGGACACUGAUAGCCACUGGGGUGAGAGUAAGCUUGCUGACAGAACUGUUUGUCAGGAAGCAGUGCAGAAGACCAGACAAACACGGACAAGAAAACUUUCAUUUCCAGAUUCAGUGUAAUGUCUACGUAAGACACCGUGAGUUUGUUAGAAGGAAAGACAAUAAUAAAUUUCAUUGGGAUGUAGAGCUGAGAUAGAAGACUUCCAGAAAAGGCGUGUGAAAACGACACCAGGAUUCCUUCUCCAGUGCUUCAUUCGUUAGUCAAAUGUGUAACCAACCAGUUAACCGACAGAUGAACAGAAUGGAUUAACAAAUUCCUCAAAAAGGAUAAAUAUUUUGACAAAAGUGUUGUCCUGAGGAAGUUUGUCCAGGGACCAAUACAGACAUGUCAAAUCACUCUUGGGAUAUAGCUGCCUGCAGUCAGCCAUACCUCAGAUUAAAGGGGAAGUGACAAGUGCUUCAGCGUUUUUGUGAUAAUAGUGAUAUGUUGGAGACUCGAAACUGUUCCUGCAUGUGCAAUCUUUAGCAAUUUUCAAUAUUCCAGAGACGUGCAUUGUUCACAGAUUGUGACUUCGAUUUUGUGGUGACAGCACCUGUCUUUGUCAAGAAGUUGCCCACAGAAUUUCAUCAAGCACGUUUUUUUGUGGGUGUUUUUGUAGAAGGAUGAGAAGAAUAUUCGUUCUCUUUUCCGAUCUAGUUCUUCUUCACACUUAGAUAACAGUCAUUAUUAUAAUUCCACUAUUCUCUUCUUUUUUUUUUUGAAAGUCUGCAAAUGUGUGAGUUUAACUAAAGCGUAAAGGGGAACAUGACCUCAUUAUAUUCAUAACGUGCACUUCUCCAUCUCUGGUUGAAAUCCACUACCCUUGCGUCAGUUUCUUGAACAACCUUAGUAAUGGUGUUCCUCACACGAUAAUACACUUCAUUUUUUGUAGAUUUUUGCGGAGGGAGGUGGGGUGCUGAAAUAUCUCACGUCUAAAUGAAGUCCUAGAUGACGAUUUCGUAUUCGCCAUAUCAUAUCCUUUUUAGUGACAAAAGGUCACUACCCUUUCCACUGCUGUGGCCAUUGGUGCAGUUCUCCAUGUUCUAGAAAUUAGAUAAGACUACUGUGUCAUAGACAAAUUCAACUGCAUUUCCUGCUUUUAUUUUUUAGAAUACUGCACGAGAUUUAGAAAACUCAAGAGUACAGAGAAAGAGUGGUUGGCCUACCCUUUCGUCACAACUCUUUAAUAUUUUAGCAAGAUUCACCAAACGACGGUUCCUCUCAAGAUUUUUUCGAAAGCUUCUAUGUUCCUCCCAAACGUUGAGGUUAUCGACCCCAAUAAUUAAGUGUUCGACUUUUCUCACUGACGCAGACACGAUCUUGUGAGAACAGAUCGACUCCUUAGUAUAACCCUCUGCAUUGCGCCAUUUUGAAAAAAUGACGAAUGACGGAUAUACACUUAAAGGCUAAUGCUUUCCAAGUCCAGGGAACACAUCUUCAUAUCAAAACGUUGUUUUUCCCAACCUUAAUGCCACUUCCCGUGCUUUGUGUGGCCCACAUUAUGUCUCACUGGCAUGCCCCUGUACAUCUCAAGUUCAAUUAUGUAAAUUAGCGACAGGGACAAAUUUACUUGAACACACGUUGAGUUGUUUGUUAUCUUGUGAAUUUUAUUUAUAUGUUCCUCAAUCUGUACAAUAUACGAGUAUACAGUUAUUAUUUAUUGAAAAUAUCUACAGGAAGCGUUUUACUUUCAGAUCAUGAAUAAGUACUCUUACGCCUUUAUGUACGUAACAUUUAUGUAUGAAAUCACUUAUUCAGCUUCUCUCUCUCUCUCUCUCUCUCUCUCUCUCUCUCUCUCUCUCUCUCUCUCUC